AAUUAAGGCAGGGCACCUUAACCGCAACUGCCGUUGAAUAUGGCUCUGAACUCCGAAACAAUGCUCAAGGCGCUACGACUGUCGCCUAACCUUGACGAUGAGGCAAUUAGCAAGGACAUCUCCGCCUCAAUAACAGCUGCAAUUGAUGAUGAAACAUACCGACCAUCUCUCAAGGAUGUGCACGAUCAUAUCCUUCAAUACCAAGGGGGUCCAGCCCUUCUUGAGCCCCUCGACGUCCUGCCUGAUCUUCUUUGGUGCCGCCGUAAAGAGGCCGUCGACCUCAUUGACCUAAUUGCCGAAAACAGUAGUCCAAAGGAGGUGUUGAUUGUCAUCCAGGAAAUUCUGGAACAGCUAACCCAGCUGGCCUGUGAAGAUGAAGCUGACGAGGAGAAUGUUCCUGGAUAUGUGCAGUGUCUCAUCAACGUCAUCGCGAUAUCUACAAAAUCUGUGCCCAGAUUGACUCUUGGAAAGAAGACCGCGCUGAGCGUAGUCUCACCCUUGGUUUCUGGUUUUAUUUCAACGGUUUCAUCGCUAGGAAGCCACUUCACGCGGGAUAGUGGUCGUACCUUGCUUACAGAUGUUUCUCGCAUGUCAGAGGUGUUCUACACAUGGAUCUCCAGAACAGGCAGCGAAGCAAAUGCUGCAGAAGCAAAGACAAGUAUCAGAGUACUUUUGGACACGACUGUUUCGGCGUGCGUAUCAUGUAUCAGGGCAUCAUUAUGCGCUAGAGCUUUCGAGACACGCUAUCCUCGCCUUACAUUAUCUUCCACAAUCGAACCAGACUGGCAACAAGGGGAGCAGGCUAUUUUGAGCGUACUGACUACCUUUCGUGCAAUGGCCUUGUCACCGCGGGAUAUCUUGGAUGUUCCGACAAAGAGUUCCUUAAUUAUACUUGCUCACGAACCACAAACCUAUCACCUACCGAAGGAUCUAUUCUCCAAGUUGCAUUCAGUGCUCGUGACUUCAAUUCAGAUGAACUUUGCCCUUGACGAGUCUCUCUUCCUUGUCUUUCGCUGCAUUACGCAAGAUCAAACGCAGCCCGACCUCCCACUCGAACUUGCGAUGUCGCUAUGCGUCGUCCUUCCCACUUUGGCAAGCGCCCAUCUUGAUCCAUUCAUCAGGCAUUUCAGUCUUCGGCUGAUUGCACUCAUUCUUGCGCGACUGCCAUCUAUGCUGCGGCAGCAGAUCCUGAUGACCUUGGCAUCUGACGAGGAGCUUCCUCAAAUGCGGGCAGCCGCAAUCGGUCUCCUUAAGGAAUUUGUCCUAGAAGCACUGCAGAGCCCUACAUCGUCAGGAGAGCAAAACAUCUUUGCGUCACCACUGCUCAUAAGAUCCUUCGGACCGAUUCUGUUCAGGACGAUGCCGGCUGAUUAUUUAUCCACCAUUCGCGUGGCUGAUGACAUUGAGGAGUCCUUGGAACCCUCUCGAAUAGUGGAGGUGAUGUCAUUUUACUAUGUGAUACUGCAACGGGACAAGGACAACAAAACCGGUAUACGAGAUCUGGAUAAUAUUGCGAGCGUAGAAUCAUCGCUACUGCGGCCUUUGCGCACCUUCCUGGAAAAGUGGUUGAACACUGAAUCUAAGCCUAUUCUUCCAUUGAUUGCCCUGCAGGUUAGCCUCGAAAGAAUAGACUAUGCUGUCCAGACCAUCCGAAGCCGGUGAUUAUGCCAGACGCUAGGUUACGGAGCGCUCGAAGUGCGGAACGAUGAGCGAAGCCUUAUUCGAAUAGGUGUUCUUACUUGCGAAAAUUUCCAGAGAACACUAUUAAUUACCGGUUAUUUUUCAUUUUUGAGCAAUUCACAGUGGAGCGCAUUUGCUAGAAC